GACUAUUUUUUGGUGCAUUUCAGUUCAUUGCAUCAAUUUAAAUAUCAGCGAACCGAUUUUUAUGAAUCAUGACUGUAUUUGUGACAGAGAACAUCAAUCGGUCCUAGAUCUUUCAAAUAGUGGACUAACGCGUCUAAAAAAAUCUUUUGUGAACAGUUCUGUUAUAACGCAUGUGUACUUAACUGACAAUGAUAUUUGGGAAAUUGACGAAGGUGCAUUCGAUAGCCUGCCGAAUUUGGUUUAUUUAAAUUUGACCGGGAAUUUGAUUUCGUUUGAUCAAUUAAAUUUUGGUGAUCAGUCGGAAAUUGAAACACUGGUUCUGGAUAAUGCGAUAAGAAAUCCAGCUUAUAAAAUUUCUAAUCCUCGGAAAUCGAAUUAUCAGUGCAGUGGAGUAAAUAAUUUCAGAGUAGUAAGUGCAGAUAAGGCUAAUACGAUCGAACUUAAAAAUAAUAUGAAACUUCCGAAAUUAAAAAAGAUGUAUCUUCGUAACAAUAAUAUUGAAUCCAUAAAUGAAGAAAGUAUGGCUUCGUUAAAGGAAAUAAUGCCAAAUUUGACUCAUCUUAUUUUGGGACGGAAUCGUAUUUCAUCAGUGAGUUUUAUUAAAUUUUUACCGUCAACUGUGACGGAUUUAUUUUUACAUAAUAAUCGUAUAUCUCAAUUUGAAAGUGCAUCUUUAAAUAAUUUAAAAAUUUUGUCAUUGAAUGAAAACGAAAUAAAAAAUUUGUGUGGCAGCUAUGGAUAUUGUGAUGGAAUGACAUUAAAAAGUGCUGUAAAUUUAGAAAUUUUGUCAAUUUCAAAAGUCGGACUUAAAAAAAUAGAAUCAGAUUCAUUUGAAGAUUUAGGAAAUUUAUUAGUACUGGAUAUGUCUUUUAAUAAAAUUGAUGAAAUUCUUAAACAUACAUUUGACAAUUUGACAAAAUUAAUGAUACUAAAAUUGGAUCACAAUGAAUUAGUUCGGUUACCUGACAUUUGCGGUUCAAAAAAUUUGGAAUCAUUUUCAAUUUCACAUAACAAAAUAAAAAUAAUUGACAAAUCAAUUUCUUGUUUGUCGAAAACUAAAUUCAUGAAUCUCAGCAACAAUAUUGUGGACGAAAUAAAUUCUGAAGCAUUUAGCAGUUUUGUUGAGUUAGAAGAACUAGACCUUUCGGGAAAUAAGCUUGCGAUUUUGCCAGACAACUGGUUUCCACUCAAAUCAAAUUUGCAGUACUUGCACUUGAACAAUAACUCUUUUACAACUCUUGCAAAUAUGUCUUUGAAAAAGUCCAAAAUUUUGAGAUCUCUUAAUGUCAGGAAAAAUCCACUGAGAGUGAUAAAUAUCAAAAUUUUGAUGGAUCUUUUAGAAAAUACGAUAGUAGAUAUUGAAGAAAGAGGCUACGAGCAAUGCGUUGUCUUUAAGGGAUAG